AGCACAGUUUUUCCGAUAAGCAAAUAGUUCCUUUAUAGUAAGUGAAAAAAAAAAGUUUUGUGUCCCUCAGGGAAGGAGUUUGCUUCAAAGAGGAUAUCAAAGUGUGUUGAAGUGUGAAGGUGAAAAUAAGGAAGAAGAAAAAGUCCUUAUAAGGAGCAAAAAGCAAUUACCGAGAUUUUCAUAGAAAAUUCUUCUUGGAAUUGUGAAAUCUCGUUAAUUAUGAAAUUUUCUUGUCAUAGCCAUUUAUGUGCUGCAAUGUUGUGAAAUUGUGACUUCUUAUCGCUAUCAUUGUGCAAGUUAAUGGACAUCCUGUAGGUGGAUUGUCACUCAGAAAGACAAUUGCAUUGUUAAUAUUUAAUGUUUCGCAUUUUAAAAUAUUUCUUGUGCACAAUAAAAACAUUCCUGCAACCUUCACACCAGGUCAGAGUUGGUCAUAGUCAAGGUAAAGAGUCAAAAGGCGUCAAAAGGUGUAUCCCUCUUGGCACAUAGGAGCGUCCAAUUUAUCAUCAUUGUGUCCAUCAAAUCAAUACUAAAGAGUUCCUUGGUGAAUUUGUAUGAUACGCAUAUUCACCGUGAUGCCGAGUCCAUUUUACAUGUUGCACAACACUAGAGCCAUUAGUCCCGCUGCAACUGAUGCCAAUCCAAAUGGACAGAAUCAGGAUGAUGUUCCUACCGUUGUGGUGUCCACAGAUGUCCCAGAUAUUCAGAAGAAUGUCAGUUUGAAGACGUGGAUCCUGACAAAAAUCAUUGGGCAAUCUCUUGAGAAUAUGAGGAAGGAUGUGGACAAGACAGCGCCGGGAGCUUCUGAAAAUGAAACAGGACAGGAACUUCAGGCAAUUCUUGCACCCGUGCAAGAAGUGUGCCUCCUUCGUGAUAGUCCUUUUAGGAUUUUACGUGCAGCCGAAGCAGGGAAUCUUGAGGAUUUUGCUCGACUCUAUAACACCGAUAACUCUCGAUUAAACGUUAAGGAUGGCAAGGGACGUACUGCGGCACAUCAGGCAGCAGCACGGAAUCGAGUAAAUAUUCUACAAUUCAUACGUGAUGAACAAGGAGAUCUCAAUGCACAAGAUUCUCUGGGAAAUACCCCUCUGCAUAUAGCUGUGGAGAAUGACUCACUCGAUGCCCUUGAUUUUCUUCUUUCAAUACCCGUGAAUACGACAGUUCUCAAUGAUAAGAAACAAGCCCCAGUGCAUUUAGCUACGGAACUAAAUAAAGUUGCAGCUCUGCAGGUAAUGGGAAAGCACCGCAAUGCCAUAGACAUACAACAAGGUGGUGAACAUGGGAGAACAGCUUUACAUUUAGCAGCUAUUUAUGACCAUGAGGAAUGCGCCAGGAUUCUUAUAACUGAAUUUAAAGCAUGCCCAAGACGACCAUGCAACAACGGCUACUAUCCCAUUCACGAAGCAGCUAAGAACGCCAGUUCAAAAACAAUGGAAGUUUUUCUGCAGUGGGGUGAAUCUAGGGGUUCAUCGCGUGAAGAAAUGAUUUCAUUCUAUGAUUCCGAGGGAAAUGUGCCCCUCCAUUCAGCCGUACAUGGGGGUGAUAUUAAAGCAGUUGAGCUCUGUCUUAAGUCCGGAGCAAAAAUCUCAACGCAGCAACAUGAUCUGUCGACACCCGUUCAUUUGGCAUGUGCUCAAGGUGCCCUAGAUAUUGUCAAGCUGAUGUUCACGUUGCAGCCGAAGGAGAAGAAAGUUAGUCUUAGUUGCACGGAUGUGCAGCGGAUGACUCCCCUUCACUGUGCUUCGAUGUUCGAUCAUCCGGAUAUUGUGGAGUACCUCGUGGAGAAUGGAGCGGAUAUCAAUGCUCUGGAUAAGGAGCAUAGAUCCCCGCUACUCUUGUCAGCAUCCCGAGCUGGUUGGCGCACCGUACACACCUUGAUUCGUCUCGGGGCAAAUAUAAGUCUCAAAGAUGCAAACAAUCGGAAUGUCUUGCACUUGGUUAUCAUGAAUGGAGGAAGGCUAGAAGAGUUUGCAAUGGAAGUUUCCAAGGCUCAAUCACAGUCGCACCUACUUCAGUUGCUCAAUGAAAAGGACAACACAGGUUGCUCUCCAUUGCACUACGCCAGUCGUGAGGGUCACAUUAAGUCACUGCAGAACCUAAUCAGCCUAGGUGCAUGCAUUAAUCUCAAGAACAACAACAACGAAAGCCCCCUACAUUUUGCAGCUCGUUACGGACGAUUCAACACAGUCCGGCAGCUUCUGGACUCUGAGAAGGGAACCUUCAUAAUUAAUGAAAGUGAUGGGGAGGGUCUAACACCAUUGCACAUUGCUUCAAAGCAAGGGCAUACAAGGGUUGUGCAGUUGCUACUGAAUCGUGGAGCUCUCCUUCAUCGGGAUCACAAUGGGCGCAACCCCUUGCAUUUGGCUGCCAUGUCGGGGUACACGCAGACCAUUGAGCUCCUUCAUUCAGUUCACAGCCACCUUCUGGAUCAGGUGGAUAAGGAUGGCAAUACAGCCCUCCAUUUGGCCACAAUGGAAAACAAACCCAAUGCCAUUACUCUUUUGCUCUCAAUGGACUGCAAGUUGCUGUACAAUUACAUGGACAUGAGUGCCAUUGAUUAUGCCAUCUACUACAAGUACCCUGAGGCGGCGCUCUCGAUGGUGACUCAUGAGGAAAGGGCCUCAGAGAUAAUGGCCUUGAAGUCAGAUAAACAUCCUUGUGUUACAUUGGCUCUCAUUGCGUCCAUGCCGAGAGUUUUUGAAGCUGUCCAGGAUAAGUGUAUCACCAAAGCUAAUUGCAAGAAGGAUUCAAAGAGCUUUUACAUAAAAUACUGCUUUAGCACACUUCAGUGCCCAAUGAUGUAUGCACAAAUGGACGAAAAGACGGGAAAUGCAGUACAAAUUUCAAAACCAAUCCCAUUGCCGGCGCUAAAUAUAAAAUAUUCAUUUUCGGCGUAUCAAAAAUCCCAGGCGAAAAUUGAUGAAAUGCGAAUUAUCUUAAAUGAUCCCAAAUGGCGACCUCCGCCACUCGAUGUUGUUAAUGCCAUGGUAUCACAUGGUCGCGUAGAACUUUUGGCACACCCAUUGAGCCAGAAGUAUCUGCAGAUGAAAUGGAAUUCAUAUGGAAAAUAUUUCCAUUUGGCAAAUCUUCUCUUUUACUGCGUCUUUCUCUUCUUCGUCACCAUGUUCUCGUCACAAUUGAUGCACAGCCACGUGGUUACAGCAAUUCCUGAUAAUAUAACAAACAUCACGGAUAAUGCCACCACCAUCCCGCAUGGGGCUUUUCACCACCAUAAACGCACAUUGGAGGUCACGACGAUCAUGAUGGUGUCGGGGAUGGCCAUUGUGGCAUACAUUGCCAUUAAUUCGCUCAGGGAGAUUGUCCAGGUGUACCAGCAGAAGUGGCAGUAUCUACUUGAGCCCAAUAAUUUGGUUUCCUGGACUCUCCAUGUGUCUGCACUCACGAUGAUUUCGGCACUCUUCUGCGGUGGACACAUCUCUGAUGCUCACUACUCAGCUGCAUCCGUCACUGUCUUUCUAUCCUGGUUCAAUCUUCUUCUAUUCCUUCAGAGAUUUGAUCAGGUUGGAAUCUACGUAGUGAUGUUCCUAGAGAUCCUGCAGACCCUUAUCAAAGUACUUAUGGUCUUCUCCAUCCUAAUUAUUGCAUUUGGUUUGGCUUUCUACAUCCUCCUAUCGAAUUCCCUUUACCUGCAGACAACCUACUCAUUCUCAUCAAUCCCAAUGUCUCUUAUGCGUACAUUCUCAAUGAUGCUGGGUGAGAUGGAUUUUGUGGGAACUUACGUUCAACCACUGCACCGCAAUGAAUUGCCCUAUCCCAUUCCUGCCUUUGUUAUCCUCUGCCUCUUCAUGAUCCUCAUGCCGAUCCUGUUGAUGAACCUCCUCAUCGGUUUGGCUGUUGGUGACAUUGAAUCAGUCCGGAGGAAUGCACAGCUAAAGAGAUUGGCCAUGCAGGUGGUACUGCACACGGAACUGGAGCAAAAGCUACCGCAGAUGUGGCUGGAGAAGGUGGACAAGAUGGAGCUUAUUGAGUAUCCCAAUGAUACAAAAUGUAAGCUAGGGUUCUUGGACUCAAUUCUAAGGAAAUGGUUCUGCAAUCCUUUCAACGAAGAUGCUGGAUUGGAUAUGGUUCUGGAUUCAACAAAUGCCGAAGAUUACAUAGCUAAUGAGAUAGACAAGCAGAAAAGGAAGCUAAGGGAGAUUACAAGUACGCUUGAACAGCAACAUCAACUCCUGAGGCUCAUUGUUCAAAAAAUGGAGAUUAAAACGGAAGCUGAUGACGUGGACGAAGGGGUACCACCAAAUGAUCUUCGUCCUCUUUCAGCAGCACCCUUUAGCAGCGUCAACAAUUCACGCUGGACAUCGCCAAGGAUCCGCAAGAAAUUGCGAUCGGCGAUUAGUUUCAAUAAGAAUUUGUAAACCCACGACCUAUUUGAUGUGUGAUUUUGUAGUGUCCAACACACAAGUAGAAUAUAUAUUGUUAUUUAUGACCUUUAUGACCACAAAAAAGUGUUGAUGUGAUAAAUAAAGAUUUCUAAAUGGGACUGAAAAAAAAAAAAAAAAAAAAAAAAAUAUUCUAUACAUACUCUGCGUUGAUACCACUGCU